ACCGGUUCUUCAGUGCACGAAGAUGCUCUAUAAAAGAGGUGCAGGUAGUUACAAGCAAAUGAGGUAUGCAGGACAUUUGUUUUAACCAUUUGAACUCCCGUGCACUUUUAGAUUGUCACAGCUGCAGGCCAUGAUGUUAUGUCUCUAUUGUAGUUUAGACAAUGGGUAACACCUCUUUUAUAUUGGUCCAAUGAAUGAAGCUCUAAAAAAAUCAUUUGUGAUUGGCUAAUGUCUGGAUGAACAGAAAAACUUUAUAGGGUGUUUGUCAUGGAGUAACUGCAUGAGAAUACAUAGCGCUCUUGAUUUUCAUGACUUAAAUUAUAGGUAUUUAAAAGGAUUUUAUGCUUUAGAUUGUUUUUCGUUCAGUCUACAAAUCUCGGUAUUAUAUCAAAUUGCUCGAUCCUGUUUCUGACUUGGCUAAAAUUAUGCCGCUACCUUAACCCAACAUUACUUCUUCAUUUGCAUGAGUUAGAACAUCAGGUCCCUGCAAAAUACAAAAGAGGAUGCCGUUUCUGAAAUAUGCAAUGAUAUUAUCAAAGUGUAACGCUGUGACCACAUGUGCAUGGAUGCUGCUUUCUUUGUUUCCUGCUGUUAUAGCUGGACAUGCAUUAUUUAACUGCAGCUCAGAUCAGACUAUUCGGCGAGGAAUGUCAGUCAAUAUCAGCUGUAACUAUAAACCAUCAAAUGACAGUGAAAGUUUCAUAGUGGAACUGCAAUCUAAUAGUGAAUUGUGCUCAGUAAGGAAAAUGAAAAAUUCAUGGACAGAACAGCUAUGUAGAAAUCACUGUAGGUUCAUUUGGAUUCAAGAAACUGCGCAAAUGGCAUUUGAGGUAUCAAAUCUGCAGAUAAAUGAUACUGGCAUAUACAGAUGUGUUGUGACAAGAUUCAUACCACCUCCUUCUGUGAUCUGAGAGAAGAAAGAACAUUUGUCCAAGUGAUUGCACAACCCACAGUGUCUGUGUCACAUGUAAGAGCAAUGGGUGGAUUUCCCAUGAUGCUAUGUAGCUCUGAGGGGUUUUACCCUUCUGCUCUAGACCAGAUGUGGAUUAGAAAUGGAGAAUUUCAGAACGCCUCUCUAACAUACAGCAUUAACCAAACCAACCCAGACAGAUCAUUCACCCUCCAUUCAUACUUGAAUAUAUCUGACUGUGUGAACUACUCUUGUUGGGUAAACCACUCAUCCCUGAGCCAACCAACAAUACUCCACAUGACUGAAUGUUACAGGAACGGAGAUGAAAAUGGAUGGAUUAUUCUGGUGACCUCAGCGCUGAUAAUUCUCACCAUACUGAUUAUCACAGUUGUGUGUGAGCGUUCCAGAAGAGCACAUCACAGGUCUCCUGUAAGAAUGAAUGACACACCUGCAUCUGAUCUCUAUUCUCACGUGGAGUAUGAAAUAUAUUCAGUGUUGGGUGACCAUCGUCCAGUCCCAUGCAGCCCUGUCAGAGUUCACUCAUCUCCACAAUAAACUCCAAAUGAAGACAUUUUACAUUGAUUGAUUUCCUGAUCCACUUCUAUCUUAUUCACUAACCUGAUAACAGCUUGUGGAUGUAAUAUAGAGUUAUAUAAUUUAUACAUGAUUAUUUAAUCAUGUAUAAAUUUGUCUGUAUAUGUAUUGACAAAAUAUAUGACACAUACAAAAUAUUAUUAGGCCUGUGUUCUUUCCUAGAUUCAGCACUUAAAAUCCAAUGAAAUAGCUUGCUGAGUUUUUCUUUACUGUGCUGGCUUAUUAAAAAAUGAAUACUUUAUUGAUGUCACAUGUACAUUAUUUGCAUGUUUUCCCUUGACCUAGAUCAACCUUGCAUGUAGACACUGUGUGGUUAAAAUAACCACUCAACGGUUUUCUGAAUACUUCAGGAAUAAAGUGUAAAUGAAAUGACUUGACCACGAUUAGCUGUUAAAGCCUGUAACAUGAAAUAUAUGAAUGGACAAUUAUGAAGGAGUUCAAAUGUAGUACAGGUAAAUAUGUUUUUUGCAUAGUUCUGAGAUUACAUUUAAUACCAGUUUAAAGCAGUGCUAGAAGAUCUUCAGUCAAAGGGCAUUCAACAUGAGGAAUCUCGGUUACACUGAAUGGCUGGUAUACUAUCCUAUUUAGAGUCUUAAUAAGCAUUCUUUUAAAGUAGAUAAAAUGUCAUGGCCAAACGAUAAAUAUAUGUAUCAAUGUAACAUUUUAUGUGAAAAGUUAGAAAAUCAGAUGUGUUAUAUCCAUUCUUUACUCUCUCUCUCUUUGUCAGGAUGUGCCGGAUUUUGGUCUGAUAUUCAAAGCAGUGAACCUUGGUAUUUUAACUCAUCUACUUUUACAAGAGAUACAAAUAGAAAAAGAUUACCCAGCAUGAGUGAUAAAAUAAAUUAAUAAAUUUUGUUGCAUCCUCUCUAUGAUCAGCCUGUCUUUGUCUGACCAGCAGUUCCACAGCUGUUAUUUUACAAAGCAAAUACAAUGAAAAAUCUUCCUAACAUAGUCUUGUGAUGUGA